AUGGCCAUGGCUCAUGGGUUGUUGAAGCCCUUAAUAUCAGCUGCAAGUGCAAGAUUCUCUUACUUCUCCAAUUCUUCGCUUUCUACAGGUUCAGUGGUCAGGCCCUUCACAAAAAAGACAACAACCCAAGUCCCUGCUGCGAAAAUGGCCACCAGCAGUGGAGCUGACAACCAGACAAACUCCACUAAAGUCAUAGAUUCACAUUUGCACGUUUGGGCAUCACCCGAAGAGUCCCUGGAAGAAGCAGGUGUAGAUGGCGCACUUAUUGUACAGCCCAUUAAUCAUAAGUUUGAGCAUUCUUUAGUGACAAGUGUCCUGAAGAAGUAUCCAAACAAGUUUGUUGGUUGCUGCCUUGCAAAUCCUGCAGAAGAUGGAAGUGGACUUAAGCAUCUUGAAGAACUUGUUUUGAAGGAUGGCUAUCGUGCUGUUCGCUUUAACCCAUAUCUGUGGCCAUCCGGACAGAAGAUGACAAAUGAUGUUGGAAAGGCAUUGUUUUCUAAAGCAGGAGAACUUGGAGUACCAGUUGGUUUCAUGUGCAUGAAGGGUCUCGAUCUUCAUCUUUCAGAAAUUCAGGAAUUAUGCACAGAAUAUCCUUCUACAGUUGUAUUGCUUGAUCAUUUGGGUUUUUGCAAACCACCAGCAAAUGAUGAAGAAAGUCUUUCCUUCUCUGAGCUUCUAAAGCUAUCCAAAUUCCCUCAGGUGUAUAUUAAAUUCAGUGCGCUGUUCAGGGUGUCAAGAAUGUCAUUCCCAUAUCAGGAUUUGGCUCCCCUCCUCUCCCAAGUUGUCUCAAGCUUUGGCGCGAACCGUAUCAUGUGGGGCAGUGAUUUCCCAUAUGUUGUUCCUGAAUGCGGUUAUAAAGGUGGAAAAGAAGCGGUAUUGUCCGUUGCCAAUCAAGUACCUUUAUCAUCAUCCGAGUUGGAGUGGAUCAUGGGUAAGACAGUGAUGCAACUCUUCCAAGGUCAAUGGCUUCAAUGA